ACACCCCGCAUCCAGAGGACACCACUCACUACACUCACAAACACUCUCACUCACUCACUCACUCACUCACUCACAGACACACACGACUGUGCGCACGUGCUCUCCUACACACACACACAGACACAUACAGCACACACUCAGCCUGUGGGAAAAAGGAGCCUUCUGCCCGGUGGAUUCCCUGGAGGAUAUUCUUAACCGCUGACCCGCCUCAGCAGCGUCCGACCCAAACGGACCCGACCCAAACGGACCCGACCCACCCCGCCGCGCCCGGUCCUGAGCCGCCUCAGCAGCGUCCGACCCAAACGGACUCGACCCAAACGGACCCGACCCGACCCGACCCGACCCGCCCGGUCCUGACCCCCGACCCCUGACCCCUGCGCCCAGCGUGUGCCCCGGCAGGAUGGCGAGCUCCAAGUCGUCCCAGACGACGCGCAACGUGCUGAUCGCCGUGCUGGCGCUGUGGUCCAUCAUCUCGCUGAUCAUCAUCGUGGUGUGGGCGACCUCGCCCGACAUGAAGGGCGCCAGCCAGUGCCGCCGGGAGCUGCAGGAGCUCACCGAGGAGCAGGAGGGCGCCCGGGUCACGUGGGCCGAGGACAAGCGGGCGCUGGAGGCUCUCGUCCGACAGGGCUGGAACAACCAGACGCUGCUGCAGGGCCAGAUCGACCACUACAAGCACAAGCUCCUCCAGGUCAACGUCUCCCUGGACGACUGUCGACAGGACAACGUCCUGUUGAACGCGAACAUUACAGCGCUGGAAAAUGCCAUCGAGCUGCAUGAGGCCGUCGAGGCCAACCUCACAGCGCGGCUCUCCCUGCAGCGAGACGAGAUGGAGGGGCUCCAGAGUAACCUGACGGAGAAGCUGCAUGAGCUGGACUCCUGUGAGGCGCGGAAAGCCGCCGCGGCGAGCCUGCAGACGGCCGCCGAGAAGACCGCAGCAGGCUGUAGGGCCAGCAAACAGUACCUGCAGACGCAGCUUGUGAAGUGCCAGACGGACAUCCAGAAAGAGGAGUCCAGUCAGCAGGAGCAGCCCCCUGGAUCGGGUGCCUCCUCCCUGGGCCCCCAGCGCUGGCCCCUGGCCUGGGUCCUACUGACCACCCUCCUACUGGCCCUCACGUCAUGAGUGUGAGGCUCUGCUCUGUGGUGGUCGGGUGCGUAUCGAGUGCAACACUGUUCUCCAGGAAGUGGACGUGGUCUCGUGGCCCUGACGCGUGCAGACGGAACUCAUCACCUGCAAGAGACGCACUGCUGUUCAGAUACACACACACACACACACACACACACACACACACGUACCUGUAUGUCUUUACCGUUCGGUAGACACUGUUCAGAUACAUGUACCUGUAUGUCUUUACCAUUUGGUAGACACUGUUCAGAUACACACACACACACACACACACACACACAGACACACACACACACACACACACACACACACACACACACACACACACGUACCUGUAUGUCUUUACCGUUCGGUAGACACUGUUCAGAUACAUGUACUUGUACGUCUUUACCAUUCGGUAGACACUGUUCAGACACACACACACACACACACACACACACACACACACACACACCUGUAUGUCUUUACCGUUCGCUGAAGUGGUGGUUCAUCCACAGCUCCUCUGUCUGUCUUGUUCUUUUGAAGUUAAUAAGAGCAGUUUUACUGUAAGUAACAAUAAGGAAAAUACGCAUUAAAUACGUUAAAAGGUGAUCAUGUGUGGUGAUUGCAAUUAUGCAGAAUUGUGUUUGGAUCUUAAUAUUUCCCAGUAUUUAUUUGUGUGGCCACAUGCAGUAUAUUAGCGUAUAACAUACGGGCAGAUUUGUGCACAUUUCCCUGCAAUUAACGAAUGAAAAAGAAUCGAAAAGAUAAAAUCACUAAGCUUACAGUAUGUUUAAACUGGGUGUAUGUUAAAACGAAUGAUUUUUUUUUGUACAGCUUCUGCUGAAAAAAUGUUUUUAAUAAAGAUUUCUAAGAGUUGUAAA